AACAUUUGAGCCAUGCCUAAGAGCCAGAAUAGGUACGGAGAUACCACAAAGUCUUCUUCUUCCGGUUUAUGUUGGUUAGUGAAGUAGCAUCAGAAUCGACACCAUACGGCCGUUUCUCAAUCUGAAGGCUGCAGCCUCCGGAGGUCGCAGUUUUAGGCUGCAUACGACAUCAAGACUGUCUUAUUUCAGAACAUUAACAAUUAUAAAGGUGACUAUUAUUCUUAGUUAAACGUAAAUUGUUGUAACAUGCUUAUGAUUUGUGAAUGUAAUGCUCAGUUACCUUAAAUGAACCAGGCUUGAUGACGUAUGCACCGCAGUCUGCGGAGGAUGCAGCAUUCGGAUUGAGAAAUGACACUGGGCUAUUGAAACUUUCUCUGAGAAAAGCCCAUCUACUGCUAUGAAAACAUACGCUCAUUGAUCGUAGAAAGUAUAUAAUAAAUGUAAAUGUAUUUGGCACUCGCAAUGAGAAAAAGAUUAUUAGUUUUUUUUUAAGAUUUAGUUUAUUUUCUUUUACUUCGUUGUACCUGACCCUUUUUGUUCACAACUGCAAACGAAAGUGCCUCACAUCAGACGUCACUCGUCAUUAAAGAGAGACGAGAUUGCGGAUAAAACUCUCGGAAUAAAAUUAUAGCACUUCAGAUCGGUUAUUAUUUGGUUCUGUUGUGAGAACGGCUGAAGAAAAUGUUUGAUGUAAUAUGGUUCUGUUUGUGCAGUCUGGUUGGUGUUUUAGGCAGUGAGUUUGUGUCAGUGAUGGAGGGUGAAUCUGUCACUUUAACUGUCAAUCUCACUGAAAUACAGAUUAAAGAGGGAAUCACCUGGAAGUUUGGACCUCAGGAAAUCACAAUAGCUGAAAUUGAGGUUGAGGACAAUAAUAUCAUUUUAUAUGACAAAGAUAGAGCUGAUGGGAGAUUUAAAGACAGACUGAAGCUAAACAACCAAACUGGAUCUCUCACCAUCACCAACAUCACAACCACAGACUCUGGACUUUAUCAAGUCAUCAACACCAACACAAACACUCAACUCAACAUAUUCAAUCUUACUGUCUAUGACCUCCUGCCCAUUCCUGUCAUCAGCAGCAUCUUUUCUCAAAACUCAUCAUCAUCAACCUCAUCAUCAUCAAACUGUUCCUUCGUGUGUUCAGUGUUGAAUGUGAGAGAUGUGAAUCUGUCCUGGUAUAAAGGAAACAGUUUAUUGUCCAGCAUCAGUGUGUCUGAUCUCAACAACAUCAUCUCUCUUCAUCUGAAGUGUCUGGAUGAAUCUUACAGCUGUGUGGUCAACAAUCCCAUCAGAAACCAAACUCAGCAUCUAAACACUGAUGUCUGUCAGACGUGUUCAGAUGAUGUAACAGCCACAUACGUCAGCUGUUGUAGUUUUACAGAAUCUGUGAUCCGAUUGGUCAUCUCUGCUCUGGUGGGCGUGGCUGCUGUUGGUUUUCUGGUUUAUGACUUCAGAAGAGUUGAACAAAAGAAGAGGAUAAAAUCAGAUAUACAGUUAAAUACACCUGAGGCAACUGGGGGUGGAAAAUGUGUGUUUGGCAGUGAGUUUGUGUCAGUGAUGGAGGGAGAUUCUGUCACUUUAUCUGUCAAUCUCACUGAUACACAGAGAAAAGAGGGAAUCACCUGGAAGUUUGGACCUCAGUACAUCACAAUAGCUGAAAUUGAGGUUGGUGGCAAUAACAUCACUUUAUAUGAAGAGAGAGCUGAUGGGAGAUUCAGAGACAGACUGAAGUUGGAUCACAGUGGAUCUCUGACCAUCACAAACAUCAGAACCACAGACUCUGGACUUUAUCAACUAAUCAACACCAACACAAAUAACCAACUCAAUAUAUUCAAUCUUACUGUCUAUGCUCAUCUGCCCAUUCCUCAAACAUCACCGCAAUGUUCUUCAUCAUCAAGAUCAAAGUGUUCAUUAUUGUGUUCAGUGUUGAAUGUGAGAGAUGUGAGUCUGUCCUGGUAUAAAGGAAACAGUUUAUUGUCCAUCAUCAGUGUGUCUGAUCUCAACAUCAGCAGCAUCUCUCUACCUCUGGAGGUUGAAUAUCAGGAUACAAACAAAUACAGCUGUGUACUCAACAAUACCAACACAAAACAAACUCAACAUCUUAACAUUACGGAUGUCUGUCAGUGUUCAGAUAACAACAAAUAUCUUAUAAUUUGGAUCUGUUCUGGUGUUGCUGGAUUUCUGAUGGUUGUAACUGCAGUUCUGAUUGUCUGGUUCUACAGAAAACACACAAACACACAUCAACAGGUUCAUAUUGGUGGAGAGGAGAUAAUUUAUGCAGAUACAACAUUUUACAAAAGACAAACACUUAAACCGGGAGCUCCAGUAGAGGAUGAUGUGGUGUAUGCAGGAAUCAUGAGUCGAUGAACAAACUCUGUACACUGAGUGAUGCUGAGAAGAUAAAAAAUAUCUGACCACAGUCACAGAUGAGUUUAGAGUAAAAACAGAAGUUCAGAUUGUUCUGGAUCUUUAGUUGUUAUCAGUAGAAACACACAGUUUCUAACAAAACCAUUUAAAGUGAUAAUAUUAUUAAACUUACAGGCUUCAUUUCAUGCUUUAUUCUGAUUUGUUAAAAUGAUGUUAUCAUUCAUCAUAUACAGCAGGGGUGUCAAACAUCCUGUGGGCCAAACAUGGGCCACUACAGUGUCCAACAUGGACCGCAUGAUGAUAUAUUUAAGCAAUAUCGCUCGAGUAGGAGUGUGAUAUGUAAGGAAUAAUGUAAAGGCAGCCGGUAGUUAUUGGGAAAUAAGGCCCGACAGUGUGAUCAGGCUUGACAUCUGUGUGGCAUGAAGUCAACCAACUUGUGGCACCUCUCAGCUGUUAUUCCACUCCAUGAUUCUUUAACAACAUUCCACAAUUCAUUCACAUUUCUUGGUUUUGCUUCAGAAACAGCAUUUUUGA